GAUGUGGACUACUUGCAUGAUCUGGAAUCUCGCUUGGAAUUGGGCCAACUGCAACACCAGUUGUGUGUCGAAUUGAGCCAGUUGCUUGACUCUCGCCGUAGUGCUGCGUAUUCUCCCAGGCGCACACGAUCACCCCUACGCCCGGUGACCGAUGGAGAGUUGCAGGAGGCAAUAUUCAAGCUCUCUCAUGGUCCAUUGCUCAGUCUCAGUGAAAUGUUUACUGACUACGCGGACAAGUUUGGACUUCACGAAUGCAAGCUGGUCCUGUUGUGGGUUGGGGACUCCCAG